AUGUCGCCUGACAACGCUUCCAACAUCCUGGGUUUCCUCAGCCGACAUGUGCUCACCACGGCCCUGUGGUGCGCUGCUGCUCUCUGCGUGGCUGUGCUGCUGAAGGGCACGGCGGCUGUGGUGCGAUCUCUGCGGAACCUGUGGGCCCUGGAGAAGGUUUUCCCCGUCCCACCGGGAGCACACUGGCUGCUGGGGCACCUGGUGCUUCUAAGACAAAGUGAUCGUCUCAAAUAUGAGAGAAUGUCGGAAUGGUUCCGACAAUAUCAGCAGGGUUACAUCUUCAAACACAGUGCAGCGAUGGGGCGACUGAUAGUAACCCAUCCAGACGACGUGCGCGCGUUACUGAGGCGGACAGGUGAUGGUCUCCUUCUAAGUAGCGGGCCCAAGUGGUUCCGGAACCGCCGCCUCCUCACACCGGGGUUUCACUUCGAGAUCCUCAAGCCGUACGUUCGACUCUUCUCAGAGAGCACAAACGCCAUGCUGUCCAAACUCUACACACAGAAUAACUGGAAAGAUCUGAAGCCUGGGUCGUCCAUUGACGUGUUUCACCACAUGAGUCUGAUGACGUUGGACAGCAUGCUGAAGUGUACACUCAGCCAAAACACAAACUGCCAGACCAGGAAAACCAACGACUACCUCUCUUCCAUCCACGAACUAGCUGAGCUUACAGUACAGAGAGCCAAGUCCAUUGUUUAUCUACUGAGCGACUUUGUGUAUGGCCUCUCGCCUAGUGGAAGAAGAUAUAAAGCCGCAUGUAACAUUGUCCACAAACAUUCAGCAGAGAUAAUUCGCCAACGGAAAGACACUCUGAAGGAACAGUCUGAUGGAGACAGUGCCAAGAAGUAUCUGGACUUUCUUGACAUUCUGUUGAGGGCAAAGGAUGAAGAUGGUAACGGCCUGACUGAUGCUGAGAUCCGUGACGAGGUGGACACCUUCAUGUUCGAGGGACACGACACCACAGCCAGCGGGCUGGCCUGGACCCUGUACUGUCUGGCUCGUCAUCCGGGACAUCAGGAGAAGUGCAGGAAGGAGGCACAGGAAGUGCUGCAGGGGAGAACGGAAGUGACGUGGUGA